ACUGCCAAAGAUAUUUUCUAACAUUCUUUUCUUAACCCAACUAUCUUUGUAUGAUAUAAAAAUCCAACAGAAACCUUGUACUCAACAUUUCUUUAGUUUUUGUUUGAUCAGUUAUAUUAAUUGCAUGGCUACACACAUUACGCCUUGUUCUUCUUCUUCUUCUUCUUCCUCACUUACCUUUUCUUCUGAAUUCAAUGUUUGUAAGCCAAGAAAAUGUUGUUUCUCCAAACGGGUUUCUCAAGUUCGUCCAAGAAUCCUUUCGAGAAACCAUUUCCAGAUCAAAUCCUCAAAUGGGCAGCCACUAAAUGCUGUUUCUAUGCAGGAUGUGCUCUUUGGAUUAGGUAUGGAUGGAAGGCCUUUGGCCAAAGGAAUCAAGCCUGAAGAGGAAGAAGUUUUCUUUGACUUCUCAGACCCAGAGGAAGUACAGUCUACUCUCAGCAUAGCUGUUGUUGGAGCUUCAGGGGACCUUGCUAAGAAGAAAAUUUUUCCUGCACUUUUUGCCCUUUACUAUGAAGAUUGUCUUCCUGAGAACUUUGUGGUUUUUGGUUAUGCUCGUACUAAACUGACAGAUGAAGAGCUCAGGAACAUGAUUAGUGGAACUUUAACUUGUAGAAUUGAUACGAACGAAAAUUGUGAAGCUAAAAUGGAGCAGUUCUUGAAGAGAUGCUUUUACCAUUCAGGUCAGUAUAAUUCUGAGGAGCAUUUUGCAGAACUAGAUAGCAAGCUGAAAGAGAAAGAGGCUGGAAAACUGUCAAAUAGGUUAUUUUACUUGUCAGUACCUCCAAACAUAUUUGUGGAUGUGGUGAGAUGUGCCAGCCUCAAAGCCUCUUCAGCAAAUGGGUGGACAAGGGUCAUUGUUGAAAAGCCAUUUGGCCGUGAUUCAGAGUCCUCUGCUGAGCUAACAAGAUGUCUGAAGCGUUAUUUAACUGAGGAUCAGAUCUUCAGGAUUGACCAUUACUUGGGCAAGGAACUUGUUGAGAAUCUCUCAGUGCUUCGCUUCUCAAAUCUUGUUUUUGAACCUUUGUGGUCAAGGAAUUAUAUCCGCAAUGUGCAAUUGAUAUUUUCUGAAGACUUUGGUACUGAAGGACGAGGGGGUUAUUUUGAUCAUUAUGGAAUCAUACGAGAUAUAAUGCAAAAUCAUCUCCUGCAAAUUCUGGCACUGUUUGCAAUGGAGACUCCUGUCAGCUUAGAUGCUGAGGACAUUAGGAAUGAAAAGGUAAAGGUUCUGAGAUCAAUGAAACAACUGCAGCUCGAGGAUGUCAUCAUUGGUCAGUAUAAGGGCCACAACAAGGGCGGUAGAAGAUAUCCAGGUUAUACUGAUGACUCAACUGUACCAAAUAACAGUAUUACGCCUACAUUUGCUGCAGCAGCUCUGUUUAUAAAUAAUGCAAGAUGGGAUGGUGUCCCUUUUCUCAUGAAGGCCGGCAAAGCUCUCCAUACUAGGCGGGCAGAAAUCAGAGUUCAGUUUAGACAUGUUCCAGGUAAUUUGUACAAGCAGAAUUUUGGAACUGAUUUGGACAAGGCUACAAAUGAGCUUGUGCUGCGCGUGCAACCUGAUGAAGCCAUUUAUCUGAAGAUCAAUAACAAAGUUCCUGGUCUUGGAAUGAGAUUAGAUCGCAGUGACCUUAAUUUGCUUUAUCGGGCAAGGUAUUCAAAAGAAAUCCCAGAUGCAUAUGAGAGAUUGCUCUUAGAUGCUAUAGCAGGGGAACGAAGGUUGUUCAUUAGAAGUGAUGAGCUAGAUGCUGCUUGGUCACUGUUUACACCAUUGCUAAAAGAACUCGAAGUAAAAAAGAUUGCUCCAGAACUGUACCCGUAUGGGAGCAGAGGACCAGUUGGAGCACAUUAUCUUGCGGCCAAGUACAAUGUUCGAUGGGGUGAUCUCAGCGGAGAAGACUCAUAAGCAUAAUGGUGCCAAAAGUUUUGAACAAUCUAAUUUUGUCUACUCAUGAACCAUGACAGGGCUCAUUAUAUCACCCACAGUUGUUCCAUUUAAGUGCAUCAUGUGUUUUUAGGUGGGUGAUUUUCUUUGUUUUGUUGAUUUGUGAAAGUACAGAUAAUUGAAUGGCAAAGUGAUUCUACAUUUGCAAACAAUUCGUGUGUAAAUUGACUUGGUUUCAAAUCAAUGAACGGAUUGAUUUUAGUCUUCUUGGAGUGUUUCACGCAUUUGUAAGGCAAAGUUUUGCUUUUGCUUUCCACAAAAGGAAAGCAAUUCCUUGCUACAAACGAGUACAUGCAUUCAAGUGAUAUUCACAAGUUUGAGUCACUUUUAUUUUUCUUUCUUUUAGUAACUUUCUUUGUUUUGUUUGUCUCACCUUUUAACUUUAUAUGGAUGUUUCGAGGUUAGCUUUAUUUCUUCUUUUUUUUUUU